CAGAGGGCCAUAGCUGGGAGAAGGGGAUGUUUGUUUCCCCACCACCCACCUCUGGUGACAUCACACGGAGGCAGCCAAUGGCAGGGGUCUCCCCUUCCCUCCGCUCCUCAUUCCUUUUCCCCCCAGCCUAGAGCUGAGGCUGAGCAGACAGACCAGGAGCUCCUGUGGCGUCUGGAGGCCCAGUGUGAGGCCCAGACCCAGGAGGCCCAACGAGCUGGAGGUGACCCUCAGCAGGCAGCAAGACCUCAGUGAAAGGGCACGAGCCCUCCAGACAGCUGUGUGGCACCUGGGGCUGGGCUCCUGGUUGGAGGGAGUACCUGUGCCCAGGCAGUGGUGAGAGGGCAGCAGGGGCACUUUUCUCUCCCUGAAGCCCACCCUGACCUCCCUGGGGAGCCUGGACUCCACUUCUCAGCCCCUCCUGGUCUCAGGCCUCUAUCCUUGACCCCACAGGCUCAGCGACGGGUGCUCCAUGCAGAGCUGAAGCUGGUCCUGCAGUAGAAGGGAGAGCAGAAGCAGGAGCCUGGGGCUCAGGAGACUCCGAGCAAAGCCAUGGAGGCCAGGAGCCAGAGUGCUGAGGAGCUGCGGAGAGCAGAGUUGGUGGAAAUCAUCGUGGAGACGGAGGCGCACACCGGGGUCAGCGGGAUCAACGUAGCGGGUGGCGGCAAAGAGGGAAUCUUCGUGCGCGAGCUCCGCGAAGACUCACCAGCAGCCAGGAGCCUCAGCCUGCAGGAAGGGGACCAGCUGCUGAGUGCACGCGUGUUCUUUGAGAACUUCAAGUAUGAGGACGCACUACGUCUGCUGCAAUGUGCCGAGCCUUACAAGGUCUCCUUCUGCCUGAAGCGCACGGUGCCCACUGGGGACCUGGCGCUGCGGCCCGGGACUGUGGCUGGCUACGAGAUGAAGGGCCCUCGGGCCAAGGUGGCCAAGCUGAAUAUCCAGAGUCUGUCCCCUGUGAAGAAGAAGAAGAUGGUGGUGGUGCCUGGGGCCCUGGGGGCCCCUGCAGACCUGGCCCCCAUUGACGUCGAGUUCUCCUUUCCCAAAUUCUCCCGCCUGCAUCGGGGCCUCAAAGCCGAGGCAGUCAAGGGUCCUGGCCCAGCUGCCCCUGUCCACCGGCGCCUCCAGCUGCCUCGGUUGCGUGUGCGAGAAGUGGCCGAAGAGGCCCAGGCAGCAAGGCUGGCUGCUGCCGCGCCUCCCCCCAGAAAGGCCAAAGCAGAGGCUGAGGUGGUGGUGGGAGCUCAGUUUACAACCCCUCAGGUGGAGCUGGUUGGGCCCCGGCUGCCAGGUGCCGAGGUGGGUGUCCCUCAGGUCUCAGCCCCCAAGGUGGCCCCCUCUGUGGAGAGGCCCAGUGGCUUUGACCUCCAUCUGUCCACCCUUGGGUUAGGAGCCCCAGCAGCUCCUGCUGUGGAGCCCCCACCCAUAGGGAUCCAGGUCCCCCAAGUGGAGCUGCCCACCUUGCCCUCACUACCCACUCUGCCCACACUGCCUUGCCUGGAGACCCGGGAAGGUGCUGCCAUGGUGAUGGUGCCCACCCUGGAUGUGGCAGCACCCACCGUGGGGGUGGACCUGGCCUUGCCAGGCAAGGAGGUAGAGGUCCCAGGAGAGGUGCCCGAGGUGGCCCUGAAGAUGCCCCACCUCAGCUUUCCCCGAUAUGGGGCUCGAGGGAAGGAAGUUGCUGCUGCCAAGGUGACCAAGGACAGCCCCGAGGCCAGGGCAAAGGGUCCCAGACUUCGAAUGCCCACCUUUGGGCUUUCUCUCCUGGAGCCCCGGCCCUCUGCCCCUGAAGCUGUUCCCGAGAGCAGGCUGAAGCUGCCCACCAUCAAGAUGCCCUCCUUUGGCAUUGGAGCAGUGGGGCCUGAGGUUAAGGUGCCCAAAGGGCCUGAAGUGAAGCUCCCGAAGGCCCCUGAGGUCAAACUCCCAAAAGUGCCCGAGGCAGCCCUUCCAGAUGUGCAGCUUCCAGAGGUGCAGCUCCCCAAAGUGUCAGAGAUGAAGCUUCCAAAGGUGCCUGAGAUGGCUGUGCCGGAAGUGCACCUGCCAGAGGUGCAGCUCCCGAAAGUCCCGGAGAUGAAGCUCCCCGAGAUGAAACUGCCCGAAAUGAAGCUCCCAAAGGUGCCCGAGAUGGCAGUGCCUGACAUGCACCUGCCAGAGGUGCAGCUCCCAAAAGUCCCAGAGAUGAAGCUCCCUGAGAUGAAACUGCCCGAAAUGAAGCUCCCAAAGGUGCCUGAGAUGGCAGUGCCUGACAUGCACCUGCCAGAGGUGCAGCUGCCCAAAGUCCCAGAGAUGAAGCUCCCAAAGAUGUCGGAGAUGGCUGUGCCCGAGGUUCUACUGCCUGAAGUGCAGCUGCCCAAAGUCUCGGAGAUGAAAUUCCCCAAAGUCCCAGAGAUGGCUGUGCCUGAGGUUCGGCUGCCAGAGGUGCAGCUUCCAAAGGUGUCAGAGAUGAAAGUCCCCAAUGUGAGACUCCCUGAAAUGAAGCUCCCGGAGAUAAAACUCCCUAAAGUUCCUGAGAUGGCUAUGCCUGAUGUGCACCUCCCAGAGGUGCAGCUACCAAGAGUGUCAGAGAUUCGGCUGCCAGAAAUACAAGUGCCAAAGGUCCCAGAUGUGCAUCUUCCCAAGGCACCCGAGGUGAAGCUGCUGGCAACUCCAGAGGUGCAGCUAAAAGCUGCUGGGGCAGAGCAGGCAGAGGGGACAGAAUUUGGCUUCAAGAUGCCCAAGAUAACCAUGCCCAAGUUAGGCAGGGUCGGGUCUCCAGGCAUGCCAGGAGAGGCAGGUGGUGAAGUCUCAGGGAAGUUAGUGACACUUCCUUGUCUGCAGCCAGGGGCCAGCGGUGAGGUUCGUGUGGGCGCCCCCUCUCUCACUCUUCCCUCUGUGGAGCUGGAUCUGCCGGGAGCCCUCAGCCUGGAGGGACAGGUCCGAGCAGCAGAAGCAGGCAAGGUGGAGCAGCCAGAGGGUCCCAGGGUGGCAGCAGGUGUUGGGGAAGUGGCCUUCCAUGUGCCUUCGGUUGAGAUUGUUACUUCACAGCUGCCUACAGUGGAAGGUGAGGAAGGGCAGCUAGAGAUGGCCGAGAUGAAAGUCAAGCCUUCCUCCAAAUUCUCCCUGCCGAAGUUUGGACUCUCAGGGCCAAAGGUGGCUAAGGCCGAGGCCGAGGGGGCUGGGCGAGCCACUAAGCUGAAGGUGUCCAAGUUUGCCAUCUCACUCCCCAAGGCUCUGGUAGGGAUAGAAACUGAGGCCAAAGGGGAAGGGGAAGCAGGCCUGCUGCCCGCCCUUGAUCUGUCUAUUCCAAAACUCAGCCUGGAUGCCGCUGUGCCCUCAGGCAAAGCGGAGGUGAUGGGGCCUGAAGUUAAGCUCAAGGCACCCAAGUUUGCUCUGCCAAAGUUUGGGGUCCGAGGCCGGGACACUGAGGUAGAACUAGCACUGGGGGCAGCUGAGUUGGAGGGCAAGGGCUGGGGCUGGGACAGGAAAGUGAGGAUGCCCAAGCUGAAGAUGCCCUCUUUUGGGCUGGCCCGAGGGAAGGAAGCAGAAGUUCAGAGUGGGCGUGUCAGCCCUGGAGAAAAGCUGGAGUCCAUAGCUGGGCAGCUGAAGCUCCCGGAGGUGGAGUUAGUCACAAUGGCGGCCCAGGAGGAAGGGAGCACAGAGGGUGUGGUGGCCGCCAGCGGGGUGCAGCUCUCAGCCAGGCAAGCCACUGAGGGCCGUGAUGGGGUGCUGAAGAUGCCCCCACUGGGGAUCUCUCUGCCUCAGGUGGAGCUGACCAGCUUUGGGGGGAUGGGCACCCCGGGGCAGCAGGCUGAGGGCACAGCGCCUUCUACAGAGGGCACCAGUAGCUGCAGGGUCCAGGUGCCUCAGGUAAGCCUGUCUCGGCCUGGAAGCCAGGCAGCAGGUGGUGAGCUGCUGGUGGGUGAAGGCAUCUUCAAGAUGCCCAUGGUGACCGUGCCCCAGCUUGAGCUGGAUGUGGGGCUGAGCCACGAGGUGCAAGCAGGUGAGGCGGCUGCAGGUGAGGGUGGGCUGAGGCUGAAGUUACCCACCCUGGGGGCAGGGGCUGGGGCAGAGAGGGCAGAGGAUCAGUCCCUUGGGGCCGAGCGCACCUUCCGCCUCUCACUGCCUGAUGUGGAGCUCUCGCCACCCGCUGUGGGCAGCCACGCCGAGUACCAGGUGGCAGAGGGUGAUGGGGAGGCUGCACACAAGAUGAAGGUGCGGCUACCUAGGUUUGGCUUGGUGCGGGCCAAGGAGGGGGGUGAGGAGGGCGAGAAGGCCAAGAGCCCAAAGCUCAGGCUGCCCCGAGUGGGCUUCGGCCAAAACGAGUCUGUCCCUGGAGAAGGCUCCCCCAGCCCCAAGGGGGAGGGGGAAGAGGAAGAGGGCACUGGGGAAGGGGCCUCGGAACGCCGGGGGCGAGUCAGGGUCCGCUUGCCCCGUGUGAGCCUGGCAGCCCCUUCUAAGGCCUCUCGGGGGCAGGGGGCUGAGGUAUCCCCCAAAUCUCCUGUUGGUGAGAAAUCACCCAAGUUCCGCUUCCCCAGGGUGGCCCUAAGCCCUAAGGCCCGGACUGGGGACCAAGAAGAGGGUGGCUUCGGAGUUCGGCUGCCCAGUGUGGGGUUUUCAGAGACGGGGGCUCCAGGCCCUACCAGGAUGGACGGGGCCCAGGCAGCUGCCGUCUGAAGCCCUGGGCAGGUGGAGACUCCUCUCCUGCUGAGAUUAGGAGCACUAACCCUCAGAGGGCUGGGAGGUGGAAAGCUGAUCAGGGCAGGGCCAAGAGGCCUGCCUUUCUCCUCUGCAGGAGUGUCUGUACCGUGCCAACCCAUGUGAAUAAAUAAUCCAGAGGGAGCCGUGUGUUCUGUUUUCUGUCCUC